GGCUCUGCUUGCCCCACGGUGUCCACCGCAGCCCUGGGGUCUCCCAGCCCCUCCUCCCUGGAUAAGGAAGCAAAGGAGCUGGUGAACGAGAUGCUCUCGCCUGGCUUGAAGUUGGGGGGCACCUCGGUGCCCGUGGCCAGCCUGGAGGAGAAGGAUGCACCCCAAAAGCAGCUCCUGGAGCUGAGGGGCCGCCUGGGCAAGAUCCACAGCCUGGUGCAGAAGAUCAAGGGCGGAGCUGCCGACCUGGAAUCCAGCGGUGACCUAAAGAGCCGAUUGAAACGGGCCCGGUUGCUGGAAUCCCAGAUUCGCCAGAGGAAACUCUCCCCAAAAGAGGAAAGGAAGGAGCCGGAAUCCACCGCAGAGACCAGUGAGAAGGUGCCAGCCUACCAGCGCUUCCACACCCUCGCGGAAGACGUGCCCCCCAGCCUGCUCCUGCCCUACAAGUACAAAGUGCUGGCCGAGAUGUUCCGCAGCACGGACACCCUCGUGGCCAUGAUGUUCAACCGCCUGGAAGCGGUCACCUUUGCCAAGGUCAAGAAAGGCGUGCAGGAGAUGACCCGCAA